CCGGGGGCUCGGAGGGGGCGGCGCGGCGUUCAAACGCGGUGGCGGCGCAGAAAGGAACUGCUGCAGGGAGGUGGCAGCUCCGUCCCGAUCCGGGUCCCGGUUCCGUCCGGCGUGCUGAGAUUUACAUAUCCACAGUCAUAACUGGGACUGAAGCAGAAGCCUUCAGCUUGCAAGUACAGCAGAAGACAAUAGCAGAAAUAAAGUUGACCAAGAACUGGAACAAGAUGGCAUCCGUGCUCCAUAAUGUCAAAGCAGCAGUGGCGUGGCGGAAACACCGGCUCCUAGCUGACCUCAACGAGGAUGAGAGUCCUGUGCUUGACAAAUUCAAGAGAAGGGCCUCUCUGAGUUCUCUCAAUACCAUCCGCAUGUCUUUAAGGAAACGGGUACCACUAAAACGAGUUGAGCUGGAUUUUCAUAAAACCCCAGCUAGGGAAAGUCUGGAACCAAGGCAGAGGUGCCAAACUCUUCAGACUAUUAAAAGAACAGCAAAAUAUGCUUUUGGAACAGUGUCCCAGAAAAUACAGAAGUCUUGCCAAAGCCCAGUACGCUUAAUGGUGACCUUUCCAGCUGAAUCCAUCAGCAGAAGCUGUGCGACCAGUUCUACCAAAAAAAGAACUGCUACACCUCGAACACCUUGCUAUAAGAGUGUUACUCCAGCAGCCAGUUCCAAAGGCACUCCAAGGUCCAGCAAAAGGGCCUUACUUGGGCCAAAAAGGGUGUCAGAACAUAGAGAAUGGAGGGAUUUCUCCUGCUGGCUUGGUAAAAAUGCUCUAUCUCUCCGGAGAUCCAGAAGAGCAGCAGCACUGAAGAGCCCUUAUUCAUCUCCUGCUCCUUCCAGCAGAAAGAUAGAGUUUGACUCUGAGUUGGAACUGGUCUCCUCAGGGAUUUGCCAGUUGAAGCGUAUCUCCCAAGCAUUCGAUGAUGCCAUUGUGAAAGAAGAGAGGCAACAAGCAAUAUCAAACUACUACUGUCUAAUGGCACAAAACUCACAGUCUGUACAUCGAUCCCUGAAACCAUCUCAAGCUAUCAGAAGGCAAGCAAAGAAACUCCAUCAAGCACUUGGUACCUAGACAGAGAUGGCUGUAAUUAUUUUUUCAUGUUUCCAAGUUUAUGAGCACAUAUAAGGGAGAGGUCUGAGAAGCACCUGAAAGGCUGCGCUCUACAAACUUAAAUAAGCCAUUACACUUUUUCUUUUUUUUAAUGAAACAGCUCAGGACUUCCCUUGCUUUCUCUUUUCAAGUAAAGAUAGAAUCAAAAUAGUACCAACCACUGUGUACUAUCCCUGCUGAGAUGAGGGAACCAUAUUGAAAGUGACUUUCAUGAGGCAGUAAGUACUUAGAAAAUUAUGUGGAACUGGCCAGUAAGAAUGGCCAAAGCAAGGUCUUAUGACAGACUUAUGAAGGGUAAUCCUAGGUAAAAGUAAAUUGGUAUCCAGCAGCCACGAGAUUUAGCACACUUUCCAUGUGAAAAAGAUUGGUCUAUUAUUUUGAAAGCCUAACUUGUUGGGGUUUUUUUGCUACUAGCAAACUAAAGUUAUUCAUCAUGUUAGCUGGAAGUUAAUAAAACAGUAGUGGCUUCUUUGAGUUCUAAGCAAAACUGCCAUUCCAAAGCAACAGGAUUCUGUGGAGUCACUCAUGCCACAAGAACAGAGCCAUUUUAGGACUCUUACUUCAUGGCCUUAAGGGUUAGCCAUCUAAUCCUAUCUUAGGUAGUUUGGCUCCAGAUAAAUCAAAGCAACUUUGUAAUUUCUUACUAAUGCUUUAGACAGCAUCUUGGCAGUUGAGUUAAACAUUGCUUUUGUGCUGCAUCUGUCUUUUAGUUAUACACAGAAAUUUGUUACUACAAGUAAUGUAAUGUCUUGCAACUACUGUUGCAAGUAGAAGUGGAAGUAUUUUGAUUAUGUAUACUUAGCAUUUGAUACCUGUAUUUUGCUUCUAAUUACUUUAAAAAAAAUUUAACAUUCAUUUGACAAGCCUUUUUUGGUCUGUCGUUCAGUAUAACAAAGUUUAGUCUUUCACAUGAAAGCAAAGAUUUGUCAAGAUUUUAGAAUUCAACUGCAGGGCUGUUUUCCAUGGUAAGCUUUGUGCAGGCUUCUCCAAUUAUGUACACUCUAAAAUGAACUUUCAAACAAAAGACUGAUUUGGGAAACUUUGCUCUACUUGAUAAUUUUUAAAAUGUGCAUGUGACCUAGUAGUUCCAGUGUUACUAAAAGUUUGAUGGUAUCAGGUAUAAAUAUGAAAAGCAUUAAAGUAUGAUUUAUGUAUAAGUAUUGAUUUUUAAACUUGCUCUGAAUUUUUCUUUUUUUUUUCUUGUCAAAUGAACCCAUUUUAAAACAUUUGAACAGUUAAUGAGGCCUGGAAAUAUGAAAGCAACCCUUCCAGCCUGAAGACUUCUAGACUUUCAGAUGACUGAGAAUUAUAGCUUGUGUUAUUUCUUGAUCUAGUGUUUGUGUGUGUUUUGUGGGUUUUUUAAUAACUUUUCUAUAUGGAAGUACAAGUAUAGUAUCUCCAAGUUGUUCUUUGUAUGUCCUGAGAGUACUUCUAUAAAGCUUUCACAAAUAUGUUGUCUCAUUAGUGAAAUGCCUUUUUCUAUGACUUUUGAAAAGGAAGGAGGGUUGGAGGUUUUUGAAAAGUUGACCUCCAAUCUAAGUAUUAUUUCAAACAGAUCAACCAGCUUCUAUUUGUAAUGUUUCCACCAGCUACUUGGACAUGUACAAUCAUGAUCCAAUAUUUAUCAAAUUACUGGUAAGAAAAAUCAGUGACACUGUUUGUUUAAAGGCAAGGAAAGUUUUAUUUAAGUGGCUAAUCUGUUUUAAGAUUUUAAAAACCAGCUCACAUCAAAAUCUAUAGCAGUUGUAGAAAUCUUACUCCUUAUUUCAUAUUAAGAAAUUCAUUAUUGUACAUUUUUGAAUCUUUACAAGGCAGCCUUAAGAAAUAUAAACAUUUGUCACCAGAUAGAACCUUCUCACUGACAAUAUUUAAAAGUAUGCACUUAAUAAAACUAUAGACUGAAAGAACACCUACAA